AUGUCUACUAAUAAACGUUUAUUUAAUAAAAUUAUUGUAAUUAUUGUUUUACAAUCAUUUUGGAUACUUGAAGCACAAUUAAAAACUAUUCCUGAAUACAUUCCAAGUUGUAAACGACAUGAUCCACGAAUUAAUGAAUGUGUUAAAAAUGCCACGAUUGUUAUUAGACCAUAUUUGAAAAAAGGUAUACCAGAAUUAGGUAUUCCAGCAAUUGAACCGUUACAUAUUCCAAUGGUAAAAUUGGAACAAGGAACUGAUGCCGUUAAUUAUAAAGCACGAUUGUCGAAUAUUGUUAUAGAUGGUUUAAGUACUUAUCAGUUUCGAGAAGUAAACGCCGAUAUCGAAAAUCAUAUCAUCGAAGGAAAAAUUGAUGUUGGAAAUUUACGUUUGAGAAGUGAUUAUGUAAUUAUGGGCCGUGCAUUGUUGCUGCCAAUUCGAGGAAAUGGAGUUUUAUCUGCUAAUUUUUCUAGUGCACAUGCUGAUAUAAAAAUGCAUGGAUCUGUUAUUAAACGAAAAGGAAAAGAAUAUUAUCAUAAUACGGAAACUGAUGUCAAAAUACAAAUUGGUCGAGUUAAAGCAAUGUUUGACAAUCUAUUUGAUGGAGACGAAAUGUUAACAAAAGUAACAAAUGAAUUCUUAAAUAUGCAUGCAAAAGAAAUUGUUGAAGAAGUGAAACCAGCUGUGGAAACAGUAAUCGCAAUGAUUGUGGAUGACAUUACAAAUAAAGUAUUCCAAAGUUUGCCAUACAACAGAAUAUUCCCUGAAUAA